AUGGUGCAACUGGACGAGGUUGACCGCGAGUUGAUCGCGGCCGAGGAGGACGCCCAAUGGCAAAACCACCAGCAGCAACAAGGUGUAAGGAGGCCGAGCAAUGAGGUCGAACGAGUCGUUACCGCGUCGUCCGUCUCGACGUCCUCGAGCUCUGGCAUGGGAAGGCAACGAACGGUCGGCAUGAGCAGAGUUCCUACGCAACGCGAUCUCGAGAGGCACCCGACCGAGCUCAGCCGGAUUCACACGGCCCGCAGCCAGCACAGCGAGACCAUUGGGCGCAGCUUGCGCAGCCGUCAGUCUGCAAAGCCGUUGCCAAGCUUCGGCGCCGGCAAGCCCUUCCCUCCUCCUCUGCCGAACCAAGAAGAAUAUGUCGUCGAGUUUGAUGGACCAGACGAUCCGUAUCAUGCUCAGAACUGGCCAACCAGCAGGAAGCUCCUGACCGCUGCCAUGCUGGGCUAUACCACCAUGACAUCCGCUUUCACCUCGAGUAUCUUUUCCGCUGCCACAUCACACGUCGCCGCCGAGUUCGACGUCAGCUCGGAAGUAGGCAUUCUCGGAGUCUCGCUCUACGUCCUGGGCUUUGCGACGGGUCCUACCUUUUGGGCGCCGCUGUCUGAGUUGAAGGGCCGAAGGCUGCCCAUUGUCAUAUCAAUGUUUGGCUUCUCCGUCUUUACCAUUGCCUGCGCUGUCGCCAAGGAUUUGCAAACUCUUUUGAUCUGUCGAUUCUUUGCCGGUUUCUUUGGAGCUUGCCCCUUGGCUGUUGUUGCUGCCGUGUUUUCCGACAUGUUCAACAAUGCUACUCGUGGUGCCGCCAUUACGAUUUUCUCCAUGGCCGUGUUUACCGGCCCUCUCCUGGCGCCUUUUGUGGGCGGCUUCAUUGUCACCAGCUAUUUGGGAUGGCGAUGGACAAUGUACAUCACCUCGAUCAUGGGCUGGGUUGCAUUUAUUCUCGAUUUCCUGUUCCUCAAGGAGACAUAUCCUCCCGUUAUUUUGAUCGAAAAGGCAGCAGAGCUACGCCGACGCACCAAGAACUGGGGCAUUCACGCCAAGCAGGAAGAAAUCGAGGUCGACUUCAAGGAGCUGCUUCAGAAGAACUUUACCCGACCCAUGCGUCUCCUGUUCUUUGAGCCCAUUGUCACUCUUCUGUCCAUUUACAUGGCUUUCAUCUACGGUCUGCUCUACUUGUUCCUGACUGCGUACCCCUUUGUCUUCCAGGGCGUCCAUCACUUCAACGCUGGGCAGUCUGGUCUUGCAUUCUUUGGAAUGAUUAUCGGUCAGCUCAUUGCUGGCACGGUUGUUUUGCUUGACCAGCCCAGAUAUCAGAGAAAGUUGGCCGCCAACAAUGGUGUGCCCGUUCCCGAAUGGCGUCUCCCUGUGGUUAUUGCCGGUGGAGUCGCCUUCACUGGUGGUAUCUUCUGGUUUGGAUGGAGCGGUUACAGAGCUGAUAUCCACUGGAUCGUUCCGGCUGCCUCGGGUCUCCUGACUGGUUUCGGACUAAUGGCCAUCUUCCUUCAGGCUCUCAAUUACCUGGUGGAUGCCUAUCUCAUGUUUGCCGCCUCUGCCAUUGCUGGCAACACCUUUUUGCGAUCUCUCUGCGGCGCCGGCUUCCCGCUGUUCUCUACCUACAUGUUCAACGGACUGGGCAUCAACUAUGCCUCGACCGUCUUGGGCUGUGUGGCGGGUGUCCUUGUCCCCAUUCCCGUCAUUUUCUACCUGUACGGUGGCAAGAUCAGAUCUAAGAGUGCCUUUGCACCAACUAACGUCAAUACUCCGCCGGCUGCAGAGGAGGAGGAUACCGCGGGCCUCGAAAGCAGUGAAAAUAGUACUUCUGACGGUGCCAACGGCGAGAAGACCGAGGCUCCUGACCAUGCAGCCCUCUCAAACGUUACGAAAUUGCAGCAGGAGAGGUCAAGGGGCCAGGUAUAA